UCGCGCAAGCGUGCUUUAUGCACGCGUCCAUUGCCAAUUCUGAUAAAAUUAAAAAAAUAAAUAUAAUGGCGCCAAUAUUAUAAAUAUAAACGUCAAAAAGAUAUCGCUCCAAAUUUGAAAUAAUGUAGUGUUGUAAUAAUGUAGUGUUCGAUAAUUGUCAUUUCGCGAUUAGGGUGUAUCGACUUUUUGUGUUUUGUUUUGUGAUAAUUUGUGAUAGCAAGUAAUGCCAAGUGAUUAUGUUAGUGAUAAUGGCAACUGUUUAUGGGAUUGGAUUGCACGUUGCAUCGGAACAUAUGAAAUGUAAAUCAUGCAUCGAAUUCGGGAAGGAAAUGAUCCUGCAGACAGUUUUACAUUGAAGCGAAUCAAAAAGUUUUAUUCGGUUGUGAUGACGUGACUUGAUCUCGUUUAACAAUGUGCGAAUAGUCGCGGUGAUGGGGUGUGGCCAGAGCAAAAUUAAUCUGUACCCGAGACGGAACAAAAAUGGUGGGAAAGGAAAUAGCGCGAAAAAGUCAGGUGCUGCGGAGAAGGAGACAGAUGAAGAAGAAGGGAGCGCUGGUGCGGGACAACCGGAGGAGACAAAAGAUGAAACUGAUAACGCGAAACAUAUCCUGCCACUCACAACACAUGUACCAACAGUUGAAGCAUCAGCCAGCAUGCAAGAUUUUUUCAAAAUGUUGGAUGAGAAAAUUGAAAAGGGCAAGGACUACGACUCCUCCAGUGAGACUGAAGUUGAAAUAGAAAAAGAGAGAAGAAAACGCUUGAUAGAUCAAUGGCGAUCCGCUUCUCAAUCCACGCAAUCAUCUCUAUCUCAAUCCAGUCCACCUACACCAGCUAGAAGGCGACUUCAUCGACCUAUCCCACCACAACCGCCAGAGAGACAGAACAGCCCUGGAUCUGCCAGACGCUGUUACAGACAACAACACAUUCCUGAAGGUAUGUCACCACCUCCGAGAAGAGCCCAUAGUGCUCAAUCACACCAUCCUCCAGAAGUACGCCAUAACCAUGACAAUUGGCAGGAUGCAACAAGAUCACCAGUUAAAAGACCACAAAGCGCCGGUGCCAACUGGAAAGGAAAUCCCAAAGUAGCACCUUAUAAUCAAAAACCAAAGAAAAAUGAAGUCAAUGAAAACCAAAGAACUGUGCAUAAGGAUAGCGAAACUUUAGCACACUCAGUUGAAACUAGUCCAAAUUCUCAAAUUACGUAUAACCCAACAUUCCAAACCCACAGCCCUGCUCAUAGUACAAAAUCACAGCAGCCUUAUAUAGCCCAAAUCAUUAGUUAUCCAAUGUCACAACAGGUGACUCCACCCUCGCCACCUAAAUACAUAGAACCUCCUGAAGAGUACCAAGAUCCACAAACUCUAGACACUAAGCAUAACCAGAAUCAGAAACAGUUGCCAACAACGCAGGUCACAACUCAAUCGAAUAUCUACUACAUCCAUGGUAAUUCUACAACGAAUGUCUCUCAUGAUUUAGCCCACCAGAGGCAGCAGACUGCUAUACAUUUGCAACAGUAUGUCGCAAUGAAACAAGCUCAACAGCAAAUGUUUUCCUAUCUUCAACGAGGUCCUCACACCGUAUUUCCCAAUGUUGACUAUUCGCAAAUACCACAUCCUAGACAAUUUGAAAGUGAGGAGUACAAUGCUCAAUUCCCUCAUCCUGCUAUGCGUCCUCAUAGCGCACCACCACCCGUGGGAGUUGUCAGGCCAAUGGCUGUUGCACCUGGUUUCGGACCUCUAUCCGACGCUCAUAUGGUCCAAAUGCCAAUGUACGUGCACAUGCCUCCAGUAGUGUCCACAAUGGGUCCAUGGAUGGCCGGUCAAGGCUCUGAAAUGCAUUACUACCCUCAAACACCGUUCAUGCCGAUGUACCGACCCAAUUCCGCAGGCUCAGCCGGCACUUUGACUAGAUAUCAAAAGAAAGAGACGAUGGAGAGUGAUGGGAAGAAUGUGUGCCAAAGUAUAAAUCUGGUGAGGCAGAAGCAGAUUGGGCAAAUAGUUUCGAUACCUGGGCAGGAGUUGACGGUGUGCAACAGCACCAGUGACAGCCCCAGCUCCGCAUCAGUCAGCACGGACAGCGGAGUGUCUCCAGGGAACAGUGCACCAAGUUGUAAGUCCACCGUGUUUAAUACCACUAUAACAGACUCAUUUACAACGGUAGAUAAGACUAAAAAAGUGAAAACGUUCAGUGCGCGAUCGCUGAAAAAUUCUAAAAGUCUAGAUUCUUAGCGAAUGUUUGUAAUUAUGUAGAUUUUCUAAGUGUACGUAGUUCUUAGUCGGAUAGUUUUAGAUUGAACACAUUCAAAGAGUUUAUGUAAGUGAGGGUAGAGCGGCGAAUAUGUAACCAUUAAGAAACGGUGUUGACAAAAUUGUAUUAUAUUUUUUAAGAAUUAUGAAACGCAUAAUAUGAGAUUUAAACUUAAGCUAAAUGAUACCUAACUAUACGUAUUCAUAAAUAUUCCAAUUGCGGCCAAAAUAUAUUAAAAAAACCAAAUUAAAAUUUGUAACUUAAUUAUGAGUCAAUAUCGAUACAUUUUGAAAUUAAUUGAUAGAACAGAUAUUUUAUUUUAUAUUACAACUAGCUGCCCCGACAGACGUUGUUCUGUAGAUAGUAAAAAAACAACUGUUUCAUAUUUCAAAACAUCAAAAAUUAUUUCGUAAAUAUGCUCCCUGUUGUUAGAAUGAAAUUGUUUCACAGCGGAACUGUCAAACCGUGCGUCACUAAAUUCUCUCAUAGACAAACAAAUAUUGAAAAUAAAAAUAUUUAUGGGUCCCAAAUUGAAAUAAAAACUACCCUAUCUCUCAAGUUGGACCAAACUGCACUCCAUGAAGUAAUCACCAUUAAAAUCCGUUCAUUAGUUUAGGAGUCCAUUGAGGACAAAUAUUGUGACACGAGAUUUAUAUAUAUUAAGAUUUAUCACAUUCUACUUUAACUUGAAUAAUUUUAACAAAAUAUUUAAUGGGUUUUGAUGUUUAAAAUAUAUACCCGGGUGAGGUAUGCUUAGUACGCCUUACUACAAUGUUGGAACUGUCUACAGCAACUAAUACGCGCACUCUAUUUCUCGUUUAGAUAAUCUCUUUGAUAACAGCUUAUAGAAUAAUGACGUGUUUUUUAUUGGCGGUUAUAAACUUGAGACUUGGUCUAUUAAUUGUUAUUGUUUCGCAAGUAUUUAUUUAUUAUUUAUUCGACUUUACAACGAUGUAAUGCUUUUACAACAAGCAAAAUAGCUAAUUUUUAUGGCUCCUUCAAAUUACAACACAGCCCAGCACCAGAUAAAAUUUUCAUUUAAUAAAAAUUGUAACAAUGUUCAAAUUGUUUCUGUGAAAAUUUUAAAUUAAUCGGCCCUAAAUAAAAAUCUAAUGGUUUUUGAAAAGUAUUUAUUGUUUGGAACUUUUAAAUAAUUUCAGGAACUUUUCAAAGUUUCUGAAUAAAACGGCCUAUGAAAAUUUCAUGGAUAAUUUUACAUCAAUAGCUCCCACUCGUGGCUUAGGUUAAUAGUUUUCUUAAUUUUGUGAUAAAUUUACACCUAUAUUCAUACCCUAAGCUCUAUGUCCAUACUAAAUUUAAUCAAAAUCAAGUUUAUCUGUGGAUUAGUGACAGAAGCUACUUUGACAUUUAUAUUAUUAUUAUUUAGUAAAGUAACUUCACACGCAGAGACGAUUGACGACUUAGACUGGGUUGCAUGAUUGUAUCAUAUUAGUUGUUAUAGUUAAGGUUUAGGUAAAAAACGUUAACAGUAACACAGACUUUAGCAUAGACUACGGAAUGUGUUGCUCCAUCGUAUUCCUUGGCAUAGUUAGAGUAAAAAGUUGAAAUAUCAAGUCGAUAUCGAAUAUUUACAUCAAACUAUUGACAGGUCGCUAUUUAACAUUAAUAGCUUUGACCUGCGAAGAUUGGACGGUUACAGCUAAAGUUAUGACGGCAUUUAAAAGUUGUCAAAUGGUGCAACACAUUUUUUUGCUUAAGAUAUUUUAACAUGUUUGUUAUUGCUAAAGUAAGUUGGUAUGCAACCCAGCCUUAGAUAUUGUUCGUAUCUAUUCAAUUUAAUAAGAUGUUUGACGAUUCAGUCUCUUUAUACUCGGUUUUCUACGUGAUUUUGGUGUUUUUAUAAACAAACAGAGAAUUCUUUUCAAAAACUAUUAUGGUGACCACACAUUAGCCGUUUGCCGGCCGUUAUAAGCUUAUCAGUGAACCGCAAUCGACCACAGAACCACACUCUCUCCAUGAGAUGCAUUUUGGCCGGAAAAUAGACUAAGAAUAUACAAGCGUAUAAACUAACAAAACGUGCAAGAGAGAAGAAUGUCACCAACGGAGUUACAGAUAGUGAGGGAAAGCGAAUCUAUUGUGACUGUAACUGAUUUUCAAAGACAAGUCGUUAGUAGUCAGCCACGCUUGAAAUUAGCGCCUUGGUAUUUUGAAUAUUAGACAAACUAACCACUUUACCAGUGGGAGACUCCUUUGCACAGGAAGCCGGAUAGAUUUGGGGUUACCACAACGGCGCCUAUUUCUGCCGUGAAGCAGUAAUGUGUAACAUUACUGUGUUUCGGUCUGACGGGCGUCGUACCUAGUGAAAUUACUGAGCAAAUGAGACUUAACAUCUUAUGUCUCAAAGUGGGGGUAUGGGUUUUUCAAGAAUCUUAAGCGGCACUGCAAUGUAAUGGUUAGUGCGUAUCAAUUACCAUUAGCUGAACGUCCUGCUCGUCUCUUCCCUUAUUUUGAUAAAAAAACUACCUAACGUAUAGAUUAACAAAUCAAUUAAUCACGCAUUAUCGGGCACGCUAGUUGUCUAUACGCUUUUAUAUUCUAUAGGCCGGACAGUUUAGUUUAGGACAGUUUCACAAGCGUUUUUCAAACAAUCAGCCUAGCGAAACUCUCUAAGAAAAAAGCGAUUCGCUUAUGUGUGAAACGUGCAGUCAUUGAUAGAUUGACAGAUGACGGCUGUGGGUCAUCUAGUAAGAAACGGAUAUAGCCGAAAUCCACUACGUUUUAAGCAACUGUUCACUUUCAAACCCAGCCGGAUUAUACUUCGUCGCCAUAUUGUAAUUUCUAUUUCAAACUUAUGUCAAAUCACUGCACGUUUCAUACUAAACUAAAUUUCAAUUUUUACUAAGGCAGUCCUGCCUCGUAUUACGUAAUAUUUACAUCCCUUUGUAAACAAUGUAUUUUAAUAACUACGAUUUAAAAUGCUGCUAUAGAUAGUCUUUAUAAAGACACGCAAGGUGAGAUCGACCGACAGGUGAACUGUUAAUGUGUGGAAACCUUAAGGGUGAGAUUCUUUUGUAAACCUAGAUUUUAGUCUUUUAAUCGAGCAUAUCUUUUGCGUGAAUUUUGUUUGAAACGGGUAAUUUUUGUUUAAUGUAAUUUAAUAGUUGUAUCUCUAAUUGAAAUGUAUUUUAGAUAAAUACGUGUAAAGGUGCCGCUAAGUGCCGAAUGAUGCAUUUUAAAUUAUUAAAAGAUAAAUAACUAUUGAUAACUUUAAA